AUGCCACUUGGUUUCCAACUGAGAAACUUCCAACUUGUUUAUCAAGCCGUUAUUCUCCCAGCACUGUUGUAUGGGUCCGAAACUUGGACAACCUAUAGACACCACUUGAAAGUCCUUGAGACAAAGGACAGUCAAUGCUGCCUUUGUAAGAUUCCGAAGAUCAAAUGGGAAGACAGGCACACCAAUAUCAGUGUUCUGGAAGAGGCAAAGACCACCAGUAUCGAGGCACUGAUCAUCCGAGAAGAUGGAGUGGACUGGUCCAUCAGUGAUAAAGACCAAGAGGCACAGAUUGGUAAUUAUGCACCCCUGAGACGCACCAGCAGAUACUAUGCAACAGACAAAAAUGUUACUUGUAGAAAUUGUGAUAAACGGGGUCAUUUGUCCAAAAACUGUCCGACUCCAAAGAAAAUUCCCCCUUGUUGCCUGUGUGCAGAGAGAGAUCACCUACAAAAUACCUGCCCAGCACGGUUUUGUUUCAACUGCUGUUUGCCUGGACACUGUUCUAGGGAGUGCCUUGAGAGAGCUUAUUGGCAUAAACAUUGUAACCGCUGUGAUAUGAAAGGCCAUUAUGCUGAUGCUUGCCCAGAAAUAUGGAGGCAGUAUCACCUAACAACCAGACCAGGAUCAAUCAAGAAGUCCAGUUCGUAUUCUGAGCAUUCUGCUUUGGUGUACUGCUACAACUGCUCCCAGAAAGGACAUUAUGGAUAUGAGUGCUCAGAGAAGCGGAUGUACAAUGGGGCAUUCCCUUCUUCCCCAUUCAUCUACUACUAUGAUGAUAAGUAUGACAUCAAGAGGAGAGCUCAGAGGGCAAAGAGAAAGGUUGAAGAACUUCAAGAAGCCGGCCUUUUGCCAGCGCAGUUCAAGAGACUGCGCAAGGAGGAAGAGCGCAGGGGACAAUGUCUUAAGAAAAAGAAAAACCUUUGGAAAGAGCAUGUCAAGAGUCCUAAAGAAGAAAAGCGCCACAAAAAGGCCAAUAAAAAGUCCUGGGCAGAGGAACGCAAAGAGAAGAAACACAAGAAAGAUGUCCAAAGGAAUAACGACCAGGAGGAGGACUUUCCUAGGGGGGGUAGAACACACUCCCCUAAGGGCAGCACAAAGCAUCACAGCUCUGCCUUCUCUCCACAUGGCAGGAAAACAAAAAAUGGCCAGGAACUGCUGGAUGCAGCUAAAAAGAAGAAGAAAAAGAGAAGGCAGAGAAACAAGAAAGACAGUAGUUCCACCAUUGAUGAGAGCUUAUUCCUUAUAAAACAGAGGAAAAAGAAAUCAAAACAGGAAUCCAGCUGCUAACCUGUCAACAGAAAGCUACGGUGGGAGGGGGGCGUAACUCACCACCGUUUUGCCAUGGUAUUUUUCUGACCCUGUGCUAAGAUGUAGAAUUUGAAUCCACCUUUGCAUACAGGCUUGGAUGUGUAAAACCAACACGACAAAGAAUACUGAGCUUGUGACUCUCAGCUUCUUAAAGAGAGUAUUUGCCAACGGGUAGGAAGUGGUUAAUGUACGCGAGUAAAAUCAUACUGUAUUUUUUGGCAGUCCCUCUUUUUCUGUAAGUCGAUGAAAGGUUGGGAACUUUUUUUUUUUUUGUUUGGAUGAAUGAGGGAAAAGGUCCAUAGUGGGGAGGUUUGGCCUUCUGUCCUUUGAGCGAUUCCUUUUAAGAAUGCUACACCUGUCAAAAUACUGUAGUUAAGCAAAUGUGAUUCCCUUGCAGCCUGACUUUAAAGAGAGGCUUUCACACUGGGGAGACUUGGAGAAGGGGCAGGGAAGGGGAAAGUAAACAGCAAUACAAAAAACAAUCUUUUUGGUGAAGCAUUUUCUUGCUUUUCACCCAGCUGGAGUCCGCAGUGAAAAUGUUGUAUUGUACUUACGACAUGACAGUCUUUUGCUGUGGAAACUCAUGGGAUGUCACAAAUUCAUCAUAAUCACAGCAUUGCAAGUUUAAGUAUCAGGAGCAGAUGAACUACGAGGAAGCAAAUCCUUGAUUGAAUAACAAAUCUCUCUGCUAACUGGUAAGCAAGAGAAGUUCAAUUAAAAAAUGUUACAAGCAGUUGGGUUGACAUCUGGAAUUAAAUAUGCCAUAGUUUUCCACAGUGUGGAAGUCCUGCUUUUUAAAAGAUAAAAUUAUGUAGCCAAGCUAUAGAAUGCAAGCAAUUUACCUGCUUCCAGAAAUAUAAUGCCUACGUUUAAUGACUUAUUGGGUCUUUUUGUUUUGUUUUUUUUAAGAAAUGAAGUAUUUUUUGUACUCAAAGAAUUAAAAACUUUGUAAGGAUAAAUACUUUAUCAAAGGAACCAACCAAAUAAAGUUUUACGUGGGGAUACAUGAAAAGA